CUCUUCAUCUUCAAGAGCAAGACGUCAAGAAAGCUUAACAAAUUGGAUUGUUAGACCAAUAUUACAAGAUAAACAAAAAUUUCUUAAUAAAUUAGCUCUAAACUAUAAACUGCUCUCUGCUGACUUAUUAAGAACUAAUAUUUUUAACAAUUUAUUUUCAACUUACUUGGAUAAGAAGCUUAAAUCAAUGAUAUCUCUUAUGAAUAUUACUAUUGCUUUGAACGGGUGGCAAAACAUAUCUAAAAACUCAAUCUAUGGUUUUAUAGCCUUAAAAGAAAAUAAAAAGAAUGUUUUAGACAUUGUUGAUUUGUUAUCAAAUUGGCAUCAGAAGUAUUUGGAAAAUGCCAGUAUUGAUAUUUUUUUUGAAGAAUUUGAUGAAGAUGAGAUUUUACAAAUUGAUGUUGAAUUACUGAACUUAGAUAUGAAUAAUACUGAUCUAGCAAUGGAAGAGUUUUUUGAUACUAAAACCUUCAAAGAACAAAAUGCAAUCAAAGAUUUCUAUUCUCAAGAAAAUACCAACCUCAAUGAAGAUUGGUUAAUUAAAGACAUCUUUCGAUUUAAUUCACAAAUUUAA